UUAAAAUCCUUCGUUUGAUUUUCAAGUUUCAUUUAUUUAUUCAUAUUUAUUUAUUUAAUUAAUUAUUUAUUUCUUAGGAAAAAUUAGUCAUCUUUGCUGUCUUUUUUUCCAGCUAUUUGUAUUUUCUUCAAUUGAAGAUGAAUGAUCUUACAGUCCAUUGUCUCAGUGUCCUUGUGACCAUUCACACAGCCUGAUUUUAGUUGACAAUGAACCAAAUCUACAGUGGCAUGUAAUCCGUGUGUACCAGGAAAUUGUUGUUUAGUGUUAAUUAUGAUUCCAGUUACUGAAUGUGUUUGUUGUAUUAUCUCUUCCCAGUGGCACGAUUCCAGUCACUGGAUGUGUUGUCGUAUUAUCUCUUCCCAAUGGCAUGACUCCAAUUACUGAAUGUGUUGUAUUAUCUCUUCCCAAUGGCGUGAUUCCAGUUACUGAAUGUGUUGUAUUAUAUCUUCCCAAUGGCAUGAUUCCAGUUACUGAAUGUGUUGUAUUAUAUCUUCCCAAUGGCAUGAUUCCAUUUAAUGAAUGUGUUGUAUUAUCUCUUCCCAAUGGCAUGAUUCCAGUUACUGAAUGUGUUGUAUUAUAUCUUCCCAAUGGCAUGAUUCCAGUUAAUGAAUGUGUUGUAUUAUAUCUUCCCAGUGGCAUGAUUCCAGUUACGGAAUGUGUUGUAUUAUCUCUUCCCAAUGGCAUGAUUCCAGUUACGGAAUGUGUUGUAUUAUCUCUUCCCAAUGGCAUAAUUCCAGUUACGGAAUGUGUUGUAUUAUCUCUUCCCAAUGGCAUGACUCCAAUUACUGAAUGUGUUGUAUUAUCUCUUCUCAAUGGCAUGACUCCAGUUACUGAAUGUUUUGUUUUGUAUUAUCUCUUCCCAAUGGCAGAAAGGUCUGAAAAAAAUGUUCCUCUGACAUACAUACUCUACUUUCAGAUCAGAUACCUGAAGCAGAUGAGGAAGCCGGUGCAGAGCAGCCUUCAGAAGGGCAGGAUACACGCCGUUCAGGCCCAGCAGGGGAGGAAGAGGUACGCGCAGAUCACCAUCAAAGGGGACAACGAAUUCUGCCUCCACCAUCUCAGGGAUGAAGCCCCCAGUUACGAAUUCCACACUGUCGAUUAUGAUGAGCUGAUGGAAGAGAUCAACACUGCUGCCGGACUGACAUUCUUGGAACUGGGCAUAGGACAGGACUGUCUCGGACGUCUCUUAAUUCGCCUCUCACUUCCCAGUACAAAUAAGGCCCAUCAUUUCUACUUGCUGUGCACAGGCGAGAAGGGACCAUCCUACGCCAACACCAACUGCUUGAAGGUGUGGAACAAGGGCGACGACAAAACAGAGUUCGCUGUCUUUGGUGACUACGAGGAGAAUGACGGAUCUGGCGGGAAGGCAAUCAUUCCUGGUGUAGACUGGGAGGAAGAAAACCAAAAGGACGAACACAUGAUGCCAUGGGUCGAAGGACUGGUUGGAGGCAAGUCAACGGAAGCCACCGCUGCCAUGUUUGGCAUCUUCCUCAGAGAUAAUCCUGGCUCAGAAUUGCCCGGAUGCUUUGGGAAGGUUGAGAAGGGACUGGAGGUCCUGACGGACGCUCUUGACAAAAAUCCCGACGUGGGGAAAUGUCGAAUUGUCGACUGUGGAGUUGUGUUUUCAAUGUGAGUGAUGUUACAAACGGUAAAUCUGACUUUCUAGUGAUGCAAAAGCUGUGAUAUGUAGAUACAGCAGAAGAGAUGUUGUAACUAAGAUUUUUUAUAUAUAUUUUCUAUAUACUCGAACAUUUCCAACUGGUAUCUUAGUCAUACUUUUCAGUUUAGAGUAAGUAAAGAUAGCUAUUCACAACGCUACGUAGGUACUAAGAACAUUUUUAUUUUUCCUUUUUUUUGAGUAUUAUAUAAUACAUUUCACAAUUAACAAAGUUCAAAUUUUGUUCAUUUUGCUAUAAAGUGAAAUAAGGGCUAAGAAAUUAUAAUUAUUUGUUCUCGUGAUAAUAAUCACACAAUGUUCUUUAUUUACUUUUAAACUAAGUAAAAUGGCAUUUGAUUCCAUAUGUUAUUCUCUUUAUUAAAUGGAGUCAAGCA